GCUAUGCUCAAUGUUUUUCUCUUUCCCGCCGGCUUAUUUCGUUUGGCACGUGCAAUUUUUUCACAAUAGCAAAAGCAAAAUAUUAAAAUAUAUUUGAAUUUGUGAGACAAUCUCUGAUGGUGAAUAUUGAAAAAUUUUUAAGCGAUAAUUGUAUUUUUUAUAAUGUCGCCUUCUCCUAUUCGAUGCCGUGGAGCAUGGAAAAUACAAAAGCGUUCCUCCGAGCCGGACCGUUGGCUUGAAGAGAUGGGAUACUUUCGUAAGCAUACUGCAAGAGAUUCAAGUUGCUUAUUCAGAGUUAUGUCAGAAAAUAUCUAUAACAGUCAACGUUACUAUAACAAAGUUAGACAGGAUUGUGUUAAGUUUAUUGCAUGCAACAAACAUCUCUUUGAGGGGUUUUUGCCUUGUAUGCUUGAAAACUAUCUUAAAGAUAUGGCUAAUCCUUCCGGGUUUGGUGGAAUACUUGAAGUAUCAGCAAUGAGUCAUAUGUAUAGACGUGAUUUUGUGAUAUUUGAUGCAAACAAAAGUCCACAAACAAAUAUCUGUAAUGGAUAUGAACACACAAUAUACUUAUUCCAUUGCUCAGAGACCAAACAUUUUGAUGCUGUUUACACAAAAGAAUUUAUAAACCACUCAGCGUUUUGCCAAUCUUUGGUGUAUGAGCUUCUGUAUGAUAAAGUGUACAAAUUAGAGGAUUUGACUUAUGCUGUGGAUAAAAUGUUACAUGACAAGAUUCCAAAUAAUCACGUUGAGUAUUAUUUACCGGAAAAUAUUGACCACCAUAAGAAACAAAAGGAAAAAGCUAAGAUAUUUAUAGAGGAAACCAAUGAGAAGGAUAGAAAUAAUAAUGCUUUGACACUGAAAUGCAAGCAUUAUACAAAUGAUAUUGAGAAAGCUAGCCUAUUGAAAGAGUCAUUGAGUAUUUUUGUAUUCAACCGCAGCUUGAUACAACUCGAGAAUAUAUGUAUGAACUGUCUCAAUGUCAAUAGUGCUAAAGAUUUGCUGGAUAAUGGUAUCACACCAUUCCCUUACAAAGUGGCUAAAGCCCUUGAUCCAGAUAUCUAUCGUAACAUUGAAUUUGAUGUAUGGAGUGAAUUAAGAAGAGAAUUACGGUAUGGUGCAAGAUAUUCAGAUGGUACAACCUUGCAAGUGGGUGUUAAGUGUCUUUGCAAACUUGAGGGUAGUCAAAAUACUCCCUACCAUUGCCACAUACAGGAAAUGGGUCCAGAUGAGGGGCCUUGCCUAGUCUUCAUAGAGGAAUUGGGGGAGAAAAGAGUUGUCAAUUAUGAUCAGUUGGAACCUCUGCCUAUUGAAGAGGUGAAGCCUUGGGCCCCUCCAUACAGAUAUUCCCGUGUCAACUCUCAACUGCUCAAUCUUAGUCAAAUGUUACAGCAGAUAGGUAACAUUGCACGCAAGCAAGGUAUGAAAGGUGUCAAAAAAUCAAAAAGUGAUGACAAAUUGGAGAAAUCUCAAGACAGAAGGAAAUUGAGCUGGAACAAUGAAAAGGCUGAGUUUGCGCAAUAUGCAACUAAUGAUAUCAACUAUGUGACAUAUCAACAUAUGGAUUAUUAUAAUUAUCAACCAUUUCCAGUUGAAAUUGAAGCAGUACCCCUCAUGGUGGACUGCCGAGCAGUGGGGCCUCAACCCCAGGAAACAGUACAAGCACCCAAUGGAACAUCUCUCUCUCAAGAUAAUCAAAAUCAGCCGGCUGGUGGGAAUGGAGAUGUAGGAAGCCACACCGUGCCGACGCCGCCAGUGUCGGUUAGGGCUUCCACGCCUGCUACAAGUACCCUCUCUACUUAUACAGGCGGCAUGAACCCGGGCCCAACGUUCAGCCCGCUGGGGUCGGGCGCGGCCUACAGCUGCUCGCCGUACGUGUGCGGCAUGAAGUCCGUGGUGUGGUGUGCGCCGCCAGCGCUUGGCGUCCCCCACGGUCCGCCGCCGCCACCGUUGGCGCCGCCGCCACCGCCGCCUGGCGUCAACGCGCACGUCUUCAAGAGCGUGCAAGCCAACGGCUCCGACCUGCCGAUGAACGAUAUCGCGACCCUGCGGUACUACUUCAACCUCGGCGUGGAGUGUAUGUGGGCUGCGUACGGCCAGCCUCCUCCCGCCCUUCCUCCUCCGCCCUCCCACCAGGCCCCUCCUCACCAGGCCGUGCCUCACCAGCCCGCUCAUCAUCAGCCGCCACGGCACUACUCGCCCGCCAGUGUGGCGCAGGACAUGCAGCAGAUGUCGCUCAACCCGGAACAGCAGAAGCAUAAGUGUGAGCAUAAGGGCGGGCAGCAACAGGGUCGACCCAACGCCCAGCAGAACCGGCCGCCGCUGGGCCCCAGAUUCAAGCGAGGCGGCAACAACCAGGAUGGUAACCAGAAUAACCACAACAUUAAUAAAAACCACAACAACAUGAACAACAAGGGAAAUAAUAAUCGCCGCAACAGUCACAUGGAGCCCCGGGCGGCACCCCCGAGCGGCUACGAGGAGCUGCCGCAGCCCGUGAUGGAGGCGCCCGUCAUCACGUUCCCGUACGCGCCCUACCCGCCGCCCAUGUACCAGCUGCCGUACUACCACAUUGAAGAGCCCGUUCCAGCCAUGAUGGGCAUGAUGAGUGGCAUGGGAGGUAUGGGCUACGUGAACUACGACGAGAACAUGGAGUAUCUACCGCCCGUAUACCCGCCGCCCUUCCCGCCGCCCGCGCCCCUGCACGAGCACAAGUAAACACGUGCGCAUACACACAAACACGAUGCACAUAUUGAACACGAAAACCACAGACAUAAUAUAAUAAAUGUUUAAUGUGAACUACUAAUGUUACCCAGCCAGUGCUGACACAAAGUCCUACACACAUGUAGUAUUGCCAUAUUGUAUUAUUCUAGGUUAGCAGCCCCAUAUUAUUGAGUGUUUGUAUAAAGGCGGCCAUUUUGAAUUGGUAUUUAAUAAUGACAAGAUUUUACAUAAACUUUGCUUUUCGUUGGCAAGUUAAACGUUAAUGUUAUUUAAAACAAUGACAUUAUUUUCCUGCAAUUUUAUCAUUUUACUUAUAAUAAUAAAAAUAUAUAACUCGAGGCUUUUUCUAUUCUCUGCUCACAUGAGCAUAUUCAAUAUCAACAUGUUUUCUGUUAUCAGUAUUGUUUGGGAAUGCAUAAAUUAAAUAACAAAUCCAAAAUGCUGCCUUUAGUCUUAUCCCAUAUAGUUGUGUCUGUGUAUAUGUCUAUAUAAUAUAGUGAUUCGAUGUAAAUUCAUGUAGCGGGAUCGGAUUCACAAGGGGUGAGGACCAAUUUACAUAUAUUAUAUUUAUAGUUUUUAUAUUAUAAGCGGGGCACCAAUAUCAAGAAUUUCGAAAUUUAAAAUUCGUUUCUCCUGAAAUGUUACUAAAAUAUUAUAAAAUUUUAAAUAUGCUACUACACAGUGAGUAUUGUGUAACAGUUUUUACUGAAACAUGUUAUAAUAACAACAGGUCCUAAGAAGCUAAUCUGUCGAAGAGUCCAGUUGACAAAUAACAUUUGAUUCAACAUUAUUCUAGUUGAAAAUCAGUGCUGUGUGUUAGGUGUUUGUUAUUAUUGAAAAGGUGCUUCCACAUGGUAGUUAAAAAUGUUACUACUUAACAUUUCAUUACUUAACAUUGAAUAAUAUUUUUUUAAUUACAUGUACAUGACAGCAAAAUGUAACUCAUGUUACAUAACAUUAACCUGGACGACAAUAGGAUUUGCGGAGUAAAGCUGAACUAAUACAUAGUGACGGUUACAAAUAGUUGGAAAUGUUGUAUAUUGUGUGUUAUUAGUUGGGAUGGAUACUGUAAAGACAAUUAACAAUAGUUAAAUAUGAGACAAUGUAAAAAAAGUUUGCAUUUUAAAACACUGUGUGGAUGCACCAUAAUGCUGCAGUAAUGUCGGCUAUUGUGUUGUGUCCAGGUAGACAGGGUCGGUAGUAUACUGAGUGCUGCUCCGACUAAGCAAUGAACAAUCCUAUACGAUGUCAGACAUCAGUGUGGUUCCUAAUUCUUAUUAUUUACAAAAAAAAUUAACAGUUUAGCUUAUCAUCAAGUUGAUUUUAUAUAUUAUCAUUGAUUCCUACCGUUCGCUCACCAUGAUUUAUUGCAAUUUCGCCUGGAUUGUGUCAUUUGUUAGUCUGUGGUCAGUAGUCACCUAGAUGUAAUGGUCGCUGUGUCAUUCCCUAAGUUAAUUAAGUUAGAUUGUAAAUUUAAGUUAAAUACUCCGUUUGUGCUAUGUUCCUAUACAGGUGUAUACAUAUUUUAUAUUGCUAGGACCUGAAUGACUUCAAAUUCAAAGAACGAAUAGAUUGUUCUAUAUAGCCUACACCAGGUUACUAUUAACUAUGACAAGAAAUACAUGAUAUAAUGAAUAAAAAGCGUUAAAUGUUACUCUGAAGUAAGUUAACUUGCAUAGCAAUAUUGACGCAAGUUUGGGAAACUAAAAUUUAAGAUGGCAUACAAUUUUUAGUCAGUUUGAUAUGCUUGGCACCAUUGUUUCACCAUCACCGUUAUCAUGUUUUAUGAGCUUUUGGUGAUUUUACAUUGGGUAUAACUCAUUCAGUCCCGACCUCUGUGUCCGUCCGUCUGUGUCAGUCCCGAUCCAAAUUUAAGAUUGUCUGAUCCUCCAUUUGUGGAUCCUUCAUGUCCAGGCAGGCUCCCGACUAUAUUAUUGUCUAACAAUGUUUGUUUGUUGGCAUCAAAGGCACACAGUAAGCAGUAAGUUAUUCAUUAUAUCGUAAAUAUAAAUUCGGACAAUCUGUUAGUUAUCUCAACAGAAACAGUGAUAAGUAGAGGCUAGGCUAUUUUCUGGUGAAUUUGUUUCAGUUGUAAUCUAAAUUGAAACUGUGUCGCAUAUAACCACAAAAACAUAUGGUAAAAUCUGAAAUUUUCAUCAAUACUUCAAAUGCUAACAUGCAUGUCUAUCUUGAUGUGAAAUUGGCUAAAAUGUUGUGGACUACGAAAAUUAAUAGAAAUUGGCGGUAAAAAAACAAGUUAUCCAUGAAUUUCCGCAAAAUGCUCAUAUCAACAUCGAACGAGUCACCAGAUUCCGAUGUCAAUUGUAAUUGAUAGUGGUCGCCAUCUUGAAUUUAAAUUGACCAAAUCAGUUUAAUUAAACUCAAAUCUAUAGUAUUGUCACAAACACUAGUAUGCUUUGAAGUUUUAAAAUCAAAUGAGGGUAGAACUAAAUAUUAAUCUAAGGUAACCUUGGUGUUGGUAUACAAUUGGCGCUAUUUUUCAGUAUUUUAUAUUUAGUUUUAAAUAUGUCGAUUAAAAUUUUAGAUGUAACAUGAUCUCAGUCUAAGGUUUAUCUGUUUUUGACGUAGAAAAGAAACUAUAACUUUAAUGUCGAAUUAUAAGUCGUCGGUAAACAAGUCAAUUAGUAAUUAUUUAGCCAGUAUUUCGUCGAAAAUCAUAGGUUCACUAUUGCGUAUCUGAUCUUAAUAUACACAAGUACAUAAGUUAUUAGAGGUUGAUUCUUUUUACUUAUUGUAUAACGCUCCAUAGGCGGUAUAUUCCGUUCAGUCAAAACAUUAUUUUAAACUAUUACCUAUACAAGUGGAACUUGCUCAAUAUAGAUUUAAUUCUUAUUAACCUGAGACGAGAAUUAUACGAUGACAAAAUAAUUGAAUCAUUCAUUAGGUUAAACUGUAUAACCGCUCAAUUUUUUAAGCUAUAAUUUUUAGUGCAGUUAGUAAUUUGCGACCAAGAAAAGUUAAUUAUCAUAAAAAUAAAAAUUGACUUAAAUUGGCUAUUAUGAUAUUUAAAACUUUUCAAUUAUCACCUGACCGAGGAUGUUUGCACUGGCAUCUUGUAAUUUAAAACUACCCUCCUUGUAAAUAUUCGGUUUGAGGUUGCUGCCCAUCUGAGAGACAUCAAAUUUCUAUUCGGAAAUGUCAGAAUACACGGUUCUUAUCACGGUUGAUUAUAUUUUUUUUCCAUUGUUUUGACCUUGACAUGUUGAAUGUUUCGCCAUGGAUACACACAUUGGUAAAGUAAAACACGAAUUUAACUCGUAUUUAAUAAUAUCUUCUAACACAAAGUCUGAUUCGAGCUCAUAGUAUUAUUGCCCAAUUUUUAUUUAUAUUUGGUCUCCUUACCAAAUUAUUAAUUAUACUUACUUUCAACAUAUUUUGAUGUUUUAUACAAAUAUUGGCUGUGAUUCGAAAUUAAAUUGUUUGAACUUGGCAUGCUGGCGCCCUAGACUGUAAGAUGUCUGAAGCGUUCGUUUAUAUAAUGAUCAAUGUUAACCGCCUGCUUUGACCACACGUUCAGUCGUCUUAUACAGUUGGGGUUAGCGCAUUUUCAAUUUUCUGAUUUGAAAAUAUAUACAUUAUAUACUUAUGUGAUUGAUGUUUCACACGCCAAAAUUGUAGGAUGGUUUUGAUAUUUUUUGAUGGUUUAUAGAGUUGGAUGUGAUCCGAUGUUUUCGAAUCUCGGUAUUGUGAAUACUUCAAAUGUACUGUUUAAAUAAAGUAUUGUUAGUGAUAAUUCUGAAGAUUGACCAAUGGAAACAUCAUGAUGUAAGACAUUAAUUGUCUUAUAAAUGCCACUAACUUAGUCGUUUGACAUGAAUGCUGUCAAAGGCCAUCCAGAUCAGCCUGCGGUGGUGGUCACUUGCAACCAGGCAACCAGCGCGUGUUUUUCCAUUUCAGUGUCGUUUUGAGAGUUUUCACGAGCAAUUAUAUGUAGGUGUGAUACUCAAGUUAAUGUGUAUAAUUCUAUAUAAAUGUGUAGUUGAUGUGUAUCUGUAUAGUCUAGGGGCGGAAUUAGUUAAAACUGUACUAAAGAUUUUUGACGGAUUUAGUGGCGGGUAAUCUCUAACUAAGUGCGCGCUUCAAUGAUGAGUCGCGUGAUGUUUCCGACUACUAUUUAUUACAGACAACUGUCGCUAUUUAUGGCGAUCAGCGGCUUUAACAAUGACUACUAGUUUCGAGCCAAGGUGCUCUAACCGUUAUCUUUCUGGCUUAAAUUUUACCCCUCUCUUCCGAUGACCUUCUCUAGAUUGUUCACUGGUUUCCGUGCAAAUUUUUCGAAGGUAAUGGUUAAAUAGUAUCAGGUUUUCUUAUACAAAAAUGAAUAAAUCAGACGUUAGAAUUUUAUUCUCAGUACAUGUACAGUACGUACAUCGAGAAGGCGUAAUACCGCUACUAAAUUUCUUUCCGUCCUAUAGUUUCGAAAUAAAACCUAUUUGCUCUAAUAGAGGGCUCGUUAUAUUGUUCUCUCCGCCCACAUGUCACAGUCUAGAAAAUACAGUUCAUCAUCCCUUCCAAUUUGGUGGGUAGUUAGAAAUUAAAAAAAAAAUCAUUAUGAUAUAAUUAUAUAAAAAAUAGCGAAAAGAAGUAAGAUACGAUACAAAAUGAUUGAAUGUUAUGAGUGAUUUACUUAUCAAUACAAAAUUAUUAGUUUCAGAAAUACAUUUUGUGAUUGUGACCUUCAAAUGCUUGGGAUGUAACACUAUUUACUUUGACUGUGACGGUUAUAUUUAUAUCGUUUGUACAGUGUUGUCAGUGAAUUCAUAAAACGAAAACCCACAAAAAAAACAAGUGUAUAAGUGUGAUGAUUAUAUUAUAUAAGUGUUUGGUGUUUCAGUAUUUCAAAUCUGUAGGAGUUAGUUUUGAUUUACUAUUAUGUUAGUUGUUAAUUAAUUUUUAGUUAAUAUAGUUUUAUUUUUCUAAGAAUACCGUCUUUCAGUUCAUUAGGAUCUUGUGACUUUUGUUGUAGUCAGUAAGUGCCAAUUGUUUAUAUAUUAUUAUUGUUGUGAAAUUGUUCGUCAAUCGCAGAGUAUUAUUUCAGAGACUCAAAGACGGAGCGUACGGAGUAGAGUGAGGAUAGACAUAAUUCUGUCAUUGAAAAGUAUGACAGAAUAAAUAAUUUCCUUCAGUGAGCGCAUAAUUCACAAAUGACCCAUGUUUAAGAGUUGGUGAUGCUCCCCUUGUUCUAAAUAACUAACCGUCGUUCCGCGCGCUCCGUCUGGGUUGUUCCAUGUCUGAUCGCGAUCUGAGACGUAACUAAAUUGUGUUGUGAAUUAAAUAUCAGUAUAUAUAGCUGUAGGUACUUAUAAUACGGUUGUACAGAGCUCAAAGCUACCUUGGUAUCCGCCUCCGGAUUGAUUGUAUUUCUUUUCCAAAUUUCUGAUUAAAGUAAGUUGUCGUAAA